GCUUCUGCUGCUACUGCCCCGGGCCCCUCCGCGGAGUGCGCUCCUGCCGCCGCAGCCGCCGCAGCCUGCAUGGGAUCUGUAGCCCCCGCGCCGCCGCCCGGGAUUAAAAGCGCCGCCGCCGCCGGAGCAGCGACCGCGUCCGAGCUGUACCGGGUGCAAUGAGCGCUCCGAGCCGGCCCUGCCAUGGAAGGCUGUGACUCACCUGUCAUCCCUGGGAAGGACAAUGGGUGCGGCAUCCCUCAGCACCAGCAAUGGACUGAUCUCAACAGUGCCCACCUCCCUGAUGCAGCCAGCAGCAUGGAGCAGCCUGCAGCAGAGACCCGCGGCCCCCUGGACAGCCUGAGGGUCCCUUUCCCAGAGCACGUCCCCGAGAGCAGCGCCGCGGCUGGCCCUGGCGCCGAGCCCACCGGCAAGGAGGUGAGCUGCGGGCAGUGCGGCGCCUCCUUCGCUGGCCUGCAGAGCUACAUGGAGCACCGUUGCGCCGGCGCCCGCCCGGCCCCGCCGCUGCGCGGGGAGAGCGGGAGCGAGAGUAGUGAAGACGGGGAGGAGGAGAGUGAUGUGGAGAACCUGGCCGGCGAGAUCGUGUACCAGCCUGACGGCUCAGCCUACAUCGUGGAGAGCCUCAGCCAGCUGGUGCAGAGUGGGGGCGCCUGUGGCAGCGGGGCUCUCUCCUCGCUGCUCCCAAACUCUCUGCCCAAGCAGGGAGAGCCCUCCGCCACCGCUCCCGUCUACCCACAGAUCAUCAACACCUUCCACAUAGCCUCAUCCUUCGGGAGGUGGUUUGAGGGUUCAGACCAGGCCUUCCCGAAUACCUCAGCCCUGGCGGGCAUCAGCCCCGUCCUGCACAGCUUCCGCGUCUUUGAUGUGCGACACAAAAGCAACAAGGAUUACCUGAACAGCGACGGUUCUGCCAAAAGCUCUUGCGUAUCCAAAGAUGUUCCCAACAAUGUGGACCUGUCCAAAUUCGAUGGCUUUGUGCUCUACGGGAAGAGGAAGCCCAUCCUGAUGUGUUUCUUGUGCAAGCUGUCCUUUGGGUAUGUCCGCUCGUUCGUGACCCACGCAGUGCACGACCACCGAAUGACUCUGAGUGAGGAGGAGCGGAAAAUUCUUAGCAAUAAGAACAUCUCCGCUAUCAUCCAAGGGAUAGGCAAAGACAAGGAACCCCUUGUCAGCUUUCUGGAACCAAAAAACAAAACCUUUCAGCACCCUCUCGUGUCUGCAGCUAACCUCAUAGGCCCUGGACACAGUUUUUAUGGUAAAUUCAGUGGCAUUUGCAUGGAGGGCGAGCAGGCCCUUCAGGCCGGGGCGGCCAGUGGAGCAGAGCCACCGCCAGCGGGCGUCCUGGCCCCCGGUGCACUCCUCAACCUGGGAGGGCUGACCAGCUCGGCUCUGAAGACUCCUAUUACCUCAGUCCCCCUGGGACCGCUGGCCUCCAGUCCCACCAAACCCUCAGAGGGGAAGGACCUUGGGGUGGCAGAGGGGGAGAAGCAAGAGGGGGGCGAGCAGGACAGCCUCUCGGAAAAGGCAGAGCCAGUUGAGGAGGUGGAGGAGGAAGAAGAGGAAGAUGUGGAAGAGGAGGAGGAGGAAGAGGAAGAGGAGGAAGAGGAAGAAGACGAGGAUGAUGAGGGUUGCAAAGGACUGUUUCCGAGUGAGUUGGAGGAUGAGCUGGAGGAGCGGCCCCAGGAGGAUGCUGGGGCUGUGGCAGGUGGCAGUAGCAGCAGCAAAAAGGACCUUGCUCUCUCAAACCAAAGCAUUUCUAACUCUCCCUUAAUGCCUAAUGUGCUUCAGACCCUGUCGCGGAGCACAGCUUCUACUAGUUCUAAUUCUGCUUCUUCCUUUGUCUUUGAUGGUGCAAGCAGGAGGAAUCACUUAAGCUUUAACAAUGAGGGUGGUGGAGCCAGCGUGGCAGAGGGCAGCAGGAGGCUGGACUUUAUCGAUGAAAGUGCCAAUAAAGACAAUGCCACAGCACCAGAACCAAAUGAGAGUGCGGAGGGCGAGGACGGGAGCUACAUCUCCCAUCACCAGCAUGCUGGCCCCCUCUGUGAGCUUGGGAGUGGGGAGUGCCCUUCGGGGAGCGGCGUGGAGUGCCCAAAGUGCGACACGGUCCUGGGCUCCUCACGGUCACUGGGUGGCCACAUGACUAUGAUGCAUUCUCGCAACUCAUGUAAGACACUCAAGUGUCCCAAGUGCAAUUGGCACUACAAGUACCAGCAGACGCUUGAGGCGCACAUGAAGGAGAAACAUCCCGAGCCGGGUGGCUCUUGUGUGUACUGCAAAAGUGGGCAGCCACACCCACGGCUGGCACGGGGUGAGAGCUACACCUGUGGUUACAAGCCCUUCCGCUGCGAGGUCUGUAACUACUCCACUACUACCAAAGGCAACCUCAGUAUUCAUAUGCAGUCCGACAAGCAUCUCAACAACAUGCAGAACCUGCAGAACGGAGGGGGAGAGCAAGUCUUCAGCCACACUGCCGGGGCAGCGGCAGCGGCAGCGGCAGCCGCAGCGGCUGCAGCAGCCAACAUUGGUAGCACAUGUGGGGCCCCCUCUCCCACCAAACCAAAAACCAAACCGACAUGGCGGUGCGAGGUGUGCGACUAUGAGACCAACGUAGCUAGAAACCUCCGUAUUCACAUGACCAGUGAGAAGCACAUGCACAACAUGAUGCUGCUUCAGCAAAACAUGUCCCAAAUCCAACACAACCGGCACCUGGGCCUCGGCAGCCUGCCAUCACCUGCUGAGGCCGAGCUCUACCAGUACUACCUGGCACAGAACAUGAACCUUCCCAACUUGAAGAUGGACAGCACUUCCUCAGAUGCACAGUUCAUGAUGGGUGGAUUCCAGCUCGAUCCCACCAAUCCCAUGGCAACGAUGGCUCCAUCUCUAGUGGGUGGAGAGAUCCCCCUGGACAUGCGGUUAGGUGGUGGACAGCUGGUGUCUGAGGAGUUAAUGAACCUGGGUGAGAGUUUCACACAAACAAAUGACCCAUCGCUGAAGCUGUUCCAGUGUGCUGUGUGCAACAAGUUCACUACAGAUAAUUUGGACAUGCUGGGCCUCCACAUGAAUGUGGAGCGUAGCCUCCCUGAAGAUGAGUGGAAGGCAGUGAUGGGGGACUCGUACCAGUGCAAGUUGUGCCGCUACAACACACAGCUCAAGGCAAACUUUCAACUCCACUGUAAGACAGACAAGCAUGUGCAGAAAUACCAGCUGGUAGCACAUAUCAAGGAGGGUGGAAAGGCCAAUGAAUGGAGGCUGAAGUGUGUGGCCAUUGGGAAUCCGGUACACCUGAAAUGCAAUGCGUGCGACUACUACACCAACAGUCUAGAGAAGCUGCGUCUUCACACAGUGAACUCGAGGCAUGAGGCCAGCCUGAAGCUGUAUAAGCACCUUCAGCAUCAUGAGAGUGGGGUUGAAGGUGAAAGCUGCUAUUACCACUGUGUCCUCUGUAACUACUCCACCAAGGCCAAGCUGAACCUUAUCCAGCAUGUGCGCUCCAUGAAACACCAGCGGAGUGAAAGCCUACGGAAGCUGCAGCGCCUCCAGAAAGGUCUUCCUGAAGAAGAGGAAGACCUGGGACAGAUCUUCACCAUCCGGAAAUGUCCGGCAGCUGAAGCUGAAGAAUCCAUUGAAGAUGUGGAAGGGCCCAAUGAAACAUCUGGUGAUGCUGAAGAGCCUGCCAAGGACCAGGAGGGUGGAGGGGACAAGGACCAGAGUAAAUGGACAGCGACAGCCAGCCAGGCAGAGAAGGAGCUGACAGAGUCUCCAGCAUCCUCUAAACGAAUAUCGUUUCCCAGCAGCUCUGAGUCGCCUCAUUCCUUUAAAUGGUCAAAAACUUCAGAGGAGACCAAAUCAGAGCAGAUGUAUCAGUGUCCAUAUUGCAAGUACAGUAACACAGACGUGAAUCGGCUGCGGGUGCACACCAUGACCCAGCACUCGGUGCAGCCCAUGCUCCGCUGCCCGCUCUGCCAGGACAUGCUGAACAACAAGAUCCAUUUGCAGCUGCACCUCACCCAUCUGCACAGUGUGUCGCCUGACUGUGUUGAGAAGCUCAUCAUGACGGUGACAACACCUGAGGUGAUGAUGCCCAGCAGUAUGUUUCUCCCAGCAGCCGCUCCAGAAAAGGAUGGGAACUCCGCUGCGGAGGAGCUGGGGAAGCAGCAUGAGAUCCCUGAGGACUCAGGAAAGGGUCUUCUGCCAUUGGACAGCACAGAGCACACCGGAGAUCCCAAGCCGGUUCUGGCCGAUCCAAGCUCUGCCAGGGAGGACUCCAGCUUCCUCUGCUGGAAGAAAGGCUGCAACCAGGUGUUCAAGAGCUCGGCAGCCCUGCAGACACACUUCAAUGAGGUCCAUGCAAAGCGGCCUCAGCUGCCGGUGUCCGAUCGCCACGUCUACAAGUACCGCUGUAACCAGUGCAGCCUGGCUUUCAAAACCAUUGAGAAGCUGCAGCUUCAUUCCCAGUACCAUGUCAUCCGGGCAGCCACCAUGUGCUGCCUCUGCCAACGCAGCUUCCGAACCUUCCAGGCCCUGAAGAAGCACCUGGAAACCAGCCAUCUGGAGCUGAGUGAGGCUGACAUUCAGCAGCUCUAUGGUGGUCUCUUGGUCAAUGGAGACCUCCUUGCGAUGGGUGAUCCUUCGCUUGCAGAAGAUCACACUAUCAUAGUUGAGGAAGAUAAGGAGGAGGAGAGCGACUUGGAAGAUAAGCAGAGCCCAACAGGUAGUGAUUCAGGGUCAGUGCAAGAGGACUCUGGCUCAGAACCAAAAAGGGCCUUACCCUUCAGAAAGGGCCCUAACUUCACUAUGGAGAAAUUCCUAGAUCCGUCUCGCCCGUACAAGUGCACAGUCUGCAAGGAGUCUUUCACGCAAAAGAACAUUCUCCUGGUCCAUUACAAUUCAGUUUCUCACCUGCAUAAACUGAAAAGAGCCCUCCAAGAGUCUGCUACAGGGCAGCCUGAACCGACCAGCAGCCCAGACAACAAGCCUUUUAAGUGUAACACCUGCAAUGUGGCCUACAGUCAGAGCUCAACCUUGGAGAUCCAUAUGAGGUCUGUCCUGCACCAAACCAAGGCUCGCGCUGCCAAACUGGAAGCGGCUGGGGGCAGCGGCAGCAGUAAUGGAGCUGGCAGCAGCAGUAGCAGCAGUCUUUCUUUGGGUUCAUCCACACCAAGUCCAGUGAACGCUACCAACAGUAAUACUUUUACAGCCACCAACACGAGUAAUUCGGGCCCAGUUCCCAUUCCCAGCCUGCUCAACCAGGUAGCCAGUGACAACAUGGGAAUUCCUACAUUAGGUAACCCUGUAAGCGCUAGUAGCUCCUCUGCUUCGGAGCCCAAAGAGGUAAACCGAAAGAAGUUGGCAGACAUGAUUGCAUCGAGGCAGCAGCAGCAGCAGCAGCAGCAACAGCAGCAGCAGCAGCAAGCUCAAACCCUGGCCCAGGCCCAGGCCCAAGUCCAGGCCCAUCUGCAACAAGAACUGCAGCAGCAGGCUGCUCUUCUGCAGUCCCAGCUCUUCAACCCAGCACUUUUGCCGCACUUUCCAAUGACCACUGAGACCCUUCUGCAGCUUCAGCAGCAGCAGCAUCUUUUGUUUCCUUUCUACAUCCCUAGUGCCGAGUUCCAGCUCAAUCCAGAAGUUAGUUUGCCUGUCACCAGUGGUGCGCUGACAUUGACUGGUACAGGUCAGAGUUUGCUGGAGGACCUGAAGGCUCAAGUUCAGAUCCCUCAGCAGAGCCAUCCACAGCUCUUACAGCAGCAGCAAGGCCAGCUCUCCUUGUCACAACCUCACUCCGUCCUUAUACAGAAGAGCCAGCACCCUGAGAAGAAGAAUAAAUCCGUACUGAAGGAGAAAGAAAAAGAAACCCCAAGGGAAAGGGAAAGUGCAGAGAGGGGAGACAGUAGUGUAGCAUCUAAAGAGUCUCUACCUGAUAACCUAAAGCCCAAAGAAAAGAAGGACUUUGUACCAGGCAGUAGUUCAGAGCCUUCCUUACUGCCGCCACGCAUUGCCUCUGAUGCAAGAGGGAAUGCCACAAAAGCCUUGCUGGAAAACUUUGGCUUUGAGCUUGUCAUUCAGUAUAAUGAGAACAAGCAGAAGGUGCAGAAGAAAAAUGGGAAGACAGAGCAAGGUGAGAACUUGGAAAAGCUCGAGUGUGACACAUGUGGCAAAUUCUUUUCAAACAUCCUCAUCCUGAAGAGCCACCAAGAGCAUGUUCACCAACAUUACUUUCCCUUCAAGCAGUUAGAGAGAUUUGCCAAACAAUACAGAGAACACUAUGACAAACUGUACCCACUGCGGCCUCAGACACCAGAGCCACCACCACCACCUCCUCCGCCACCACCUCCACUUCCUCCAGCACCUCCUCAGCCGGCUUCAACUCCUACCAUCCCUACGUCUGCCCCACCGAUUACCUCUCCUACGAUCGCACCAGCCCAGACAUCUGUGCCGCUCACCCAGCUCUCCAUGCCAAUGGAGCUCCCCAUCUUUUCACCACUGAUGAUGCAAACCAUGCCACUACAGACAUUACCUGCGCAGCUGCCACCCCAGCUGGGUCCUGUAGACCCUCUGCCUGCCGACUUGGCCCAGUUGUACCAGCAUCAGCUCAACCCUAGCCUUCUCCAGCAGCAGCAGAACAAGAGGCCACGGACGCGGAUCACCGACGACCAACUCAGAGUCCUUCGGCAGUAUUUCGAUAUUAACAAUUCCCCGAGUGAGGAACAGAUCAAAGAGAUGGCGGACAAAUCUGGACUGCCCCAGAAAGUGAUCAAGCACUGGUUCAGAAACACUCUUUUCAAAGAACGCCAGCGCAACAAGGAUUCCCCAUACAAUUUCAGUAAUCCUCCCAUUACCAGCCUAGAAGAACUGAAGAUAGACUCACGGCCUCCUUCUCCAGAACCUCAAAAGCAGGAGUACUGGGGAAGCAAGCGGUCCUCCCGGACACGCUUUACUGACUACCAGCUCAGAGUCCUGCAGGACUUCUUUGAUGCCAAUGCUUAUCCAAAGGAUGAUGAAUUUGAGCAGCUUUCUAACUUGCUGAACCUCCCAACACGUGUUAUAGUGGUGUGGUUUCAGAAUGCCCGUCAGAAGGCUAGGAAAAACUACGAGAAUCAGGGAGAAGGCAAAGAUGGGGAACGACGGGAGCUUACAAAUGACAGGUAUAUUAGAACAAGCAACUUGAACUACCAGUGCAAAAAGUGCAGUCUCGUAUUUCAGCGCAUUUUUGAUCUCAUUAAACACCAGAAAAAGCUUUGUUACAAAGACGAGGAUGAGGAUGGACAGGAUGAUAGCCAGAAUGAAGACUCUAUGGAUGCAAUGGAGCUCUUAACUCCAACCAGUUCCUCCUGCAGCACACCAAUGCCCUCACAAGCUUACAGCACACCUACAUCUUCAGCCAAUGCAACCUCCUCAGCUUUUCUGCAGCUCACAGCAGAGGCAGAUGAUUCCUCCACCUAUAGUUCUAAAGUAGAAGCUACAGAAGAGAAACCAAAGCAGCCUGAACCUCCAAGUACACAGCAAAACCAAACUCAAGAGAAGCAAGUGCAACCAAAGCAAGAGUCUCAACAGCAACAGGACCAAGGAGAACAAAAGACAAGUUCAGCACACCAAAAGAUUUCACAGUUAUCCUCCCCUUCUUCAUUGCAACAGCCACCUCCCCCUCCUCAGCCCCCUCAGUGCUCCUUGUCACAGUCAAGCCCAAGUCCAUCUCAGCUCUCGCAUCUCUCCCUCAAACCCAUUCACACAUCCACCCCUCAACAGCUGGCAAACCUACCUCCUCAGCUAAUCCCAUACCAGUGUGACCAGUGUAAGCUGGCAUUUCCUUCAUUUGAGCAUUGGCAGGAGCAUCAGCAGCUUCAUUUUCUGAGCGCACAGAACCAGUUUAUCCACCCCCCAUUCCUGGACAGAACGCUGGAUAUGCCGUUCAUGCUUUUUGAUCCCAGUAAUCCACUACUUGCAAGCCAGCUGCUAUCCGGGGCAUUACCACAAAUUCCAGCAAGCUCAGCCACUUCACCAUCAACUCCAACAUCCACAAUGAACACACUGAAGAGAAAGCUGGAGGAAAAGGCCAGUGCAAGUCCUGGAGAAAAUGACAGUGGGACUGGAGGAGAAGAACCACAAAGGGAUAAACGUCUAAGGACUACGAUUACCCCAGAGCAGCUGGAAAUUCUUUAUCAGAAAUACUUGCUCGACUCCAACCCAACGCGGAAAAUGUUGGAUCACAUUGCUCAUGAAGUGGGCUUGAAGAAACGCGUGGUUCAAGUUUGGUUUCAGAACACGCGUGCACGGGAAAGGAAGGGGCAGUUCAGAGCCGUAGGGCCUGCCCAAGCCCAUAGACGGUGUCCUUUCUGCCGAGCUCUCUUUAAAGCAAAGACAGCUCUGGAAGCUCAUAUCCGAUCCCGUCACUGGCAUGAGGCCAAGAGAGCUGGGUACAACUUGACAUUGUCUGCUAUGCUCUUGGAUUGUGAUGGGGGACUGCAAAUGAAGGGAGAUAUCUUUGAUGGAGGAAGCUUUUCCCACAUGCCACCAACAAGCAGUGAUGGACAUACUGUUCCUCUCUCCCCAGUGAACAAGAGCAUGGAACUGUCACCUCGAACUCUGCUGAGUCCAUCCUCCAUUAAGGUUGAAGGGAUGGAAGACUUUGAGAGUCCCUCCAUGUCCUCAGUCAAUCUGAGCUUUGACCAAACAAAGCUGGACAAUGAUGACUGCUCUUCUGUCAACACUGCAAUCACAGACACUACAACAGGAGAUGAAGGGAAUGCAGACAAUGAUAGUGCCACAGGGAUUGCAACCGAAACCAAAUCAACAUCGGGACCCAGUGAAGGUCUCACAAAAGCUGCCAUGAUAGCAAUGUCUGAAUAUGAAGAUCGUCUGUCUUCUGGCCUGGUCAGCCCAGCUCCCAGCUUUUACAGCAAGGAGUAUGAUAAUGAAGGUACUGUGGACUAUAGUGAAACAUCCAGCCUUGCAGACCCCUGCUCACCCAACCCUGGUGCAAGUGGUUCAGCCAGCAAGUCUGGAGAGAGUGGUGAUCGGCCUGGGCAGAAACGCUUUCGCACUCAGAUGACUAAUCUCCAGCUAAAAGUUCUUAAGUCAUGCUUUAAUGACUACAGGACACCUACCAUGCUGGAGUGUGAGGUCCUGGGCAAUGACAUUGGACUGCCAAAGAGAGUUGUUCAGGUCUGGUUCCAGAAUGCUAGAGCAAAGGAGAAGAAGUCCAAACUCAGCAUGGCCAAGCAUUUUGGUAUAAACCAAACAAGUUACGAGGGACCCAAAACAGAGUGCACUUUGUGUGGCAUCAAGUACAGCGCUCGACUGUCUGUACGUGACCAUAUCUUCUCUCAACAGCAUAUCUCCAAAGUUAAAGAAACCAUUGGAAGCCAGUUGGAUAAGGAAAAGGAGUAUUUUGACCCAGCUACUGUACGUCAGUUGAUGGCUCAACAGGAGCUGGACCGGAUCAAAAAAGCCAAUGAGGUUCUUGGUCUGGCAGCUCAACAGCAGGGCAUGUUUGAUAACACCCCUCUGCAAGCUCUUAACCUUCCUGCUGCAUACCCAGCACUACAGGGCAUCCCUCCAGUCUUACUCCCAGGCCUCAACAGCCCAUCCUUACCAGGCUUCACUCCAUCCAACACAGCUUUAACUUCUCCCAAACCCAACCUGAUGGGUCUGCCCAGCACAAGCGUCCCUUCGCCUGGCCUCCCGACCUCUGGAUUACCAAAUAAGCAGCCGCCGGCCACACUGAGCUCGCUCACCCCGGCACAAGCCACCGCAGCCGUGGCCCCGCAGCAGCCGCCAGCAACGACGCCGCAGCCGCAGCAGACACCCCAGCCACAGCGUAAGGAGAAGGAGAGUGAGAAGGCAAAAGAGAAGGAGAAGGCACCCAAGGGGAAGGCGGAGCCCCUGCCAGGGCCCAAGAAGGAGAAGGGGGAGGCAGCGGUGGGUGCCCUUUCGGCCCCACUACCCACCAUGGAGUACGCCGUGGAGCCCACCCAGCUCCAGGCACUGCAGGCCGCCCUGAAUUCAGACCCCACCACCUUGCUAACGAGCCAGUUCCUUCCUUACUUCGUCCCCGGCUUUUCCCCCUACUAUGCCCCGCAGAUCCCUGGCACCCUGCAGAGCGGGUACCUGCAGCCCAUGUACGGGAUGGAGGGGCUCUUCCCAUACAGCCCAGCGCUGUCACAGGCACUGCUGGGGCUGUCCCCCGGCUCCCUGCUGCAGCAGUACCAGCAAUACCAGCAGAGUCUGCAGGAGGCAUUGCAGCAGCAGCAGCAGCAGCAACGGCAGGCGCAGCAGCAGCAGCAGCAGCAGCAGCAGCAGCAGCAGCAGAAAGUGCAGCAGCCCAAAGGAAGCCAAACCCCCGUCCCCGCGGGGGCUGCCACCCCGGACAAAGACCCUGCCAAAGAACCCCCCAAGCAAGAAGAGCAAAAGAACGCACCCCGCGAGGUGUCCCCCCUCCUGCCCAAACCCCAAGAAGAGCCCGAAGCAGAAGGCAAGGGCGCAGACUCCCUCUGCGACCCCUUCAUCGUCCCGAAGGUGCAGUACAAGCUGGUCUGCCGCAAGUGCCAGGCGGGCUUCAGCGACCAGGAGGCGGCCAGCGACCACCUGAAGUCCCUCUGCUUCUUCGGCCAGUCCAUGGCGAACCUGCAAGAGAUGGUGCUUCACGUGCCCACCGGCAGCAGCCAGGGCAGCGGCUCGUACCAGUGCGUGGCGUGCGAGAGCACGGUGUGUGGGGACGAAGCCCUCAGUCAGCAUCUCGAGUCAGCCCCGCACAAACACCGAACAAUCACAAGAGCAGCAAGAAACGCCAAAGAGCACCCCAGUCUAUUACCUCACUCUGCCUGCCCCCCCGACCCCAGCACCGCAUCUACCUCGCAGUCGGCCGCUCACUCAAAUGACAGCCCCCCGCCCCCCCGGGCCCCCCCGGCUUCCCCCCACGCCGCCAGAAAGCCCUGGCCCCCGGCAGCCCCCCGCGCCCCACCGGGGAAGCCACCGCCGCCGCCUUUCCCUCCUCUCUCCUCAUCUUCAACGGUUACCUCAAGUUCAUGCAGCACCUCAGGGGUUCAGCCCUCGAUGCCAACAGACGACUAUUCGGAGGAGUCUGACACGGAUCUUAGCCAAAAGUCAGAUGGACCGGCGAGCCCGGCGGAGGGGCCCCGGGACCCCGGCUGCCCUAAGGACAGUGGUCUAGCUAGUGUAGGAAUGGACACCUUCAGAUUGUAAGCUUUGAAGAUGAACAAUGAAAAUGAAUUUAAAUGAAAAAAAAAAAAAGUUAAUAACAAACCAAUUUCAAAAAUAGACUAACUGCAAUUCCAAAGCUUCUAACCAAAAAAAGAAAAAAGAAAAAAAGAAAAAGCGUGGGUUGUUUUCCCAUAUAACGAUGCCGGUGGGUUUUACAUUUCUUUUUUUCCUUUCCUUUUACUAAAAUAAAACUACAAAAAAAAAAAAAAAAAAAAGAAAAAGAAGAAAAAAAAUCUGUUACAUUUGUCCUUUCGAAGGUACUGUUGGUCUGGGAGACAAAAGCCUGUGCUGUCUCCUCACUGUCUUCGGAGCUUGAGUCCCUUGUAUAUUGCCCCUUUUCAACCGCCCCACGUCGAUAGCACAGCAGAGGCCGGCACGCACUGUAUGGGAAAGCAGCCCACCUUGUUACAGUUUUAAAUUUCUUGCUAUCUUAGCAUUCAGAUACCAAUGGCUUGCUAAAAGAAAAAAGAAAUGUAAUGUCUUUUUAUUCUCAGGUCAAUCGCUCACACUUUGUUCUGUUUUCAGAAUCAUUGUUUUAUAUAUAUAUAUAAUUUCUUUCGUUUGUUUUGGGGGUUUUUUGUUUCAUUUUGUUUUUGUUCCAGAAGAGGAUUUUUUUUUUCUUUUCCUUUUUAUUUUUAUUUUUCUCUUUCUCUUUUUUGUUGGUUUGUUUGUUCUUGGGGGAUCUUGGGGGGGUUUAUUGGGGAUUUGCUGUUUCUGGGGGGGUUUUUUGUUGUUAUUGUUGUUUAUUUAAAAUGGGCAGAAAGUAUUCAAGAGAAAAACAAUGUGAACUGCUUUAGCUUUUUUGGGGAUCUUAAGGGUAGCUUUUCUGCUGAAGCGAAUUUCAAGGGGAAGAGUUAAGCACUCCCACUCUUCAGAGAAAAAACCCACACAAAGAGUGUUGAAGACUCUGAACUUAAAAAAUAAGUUUUAAAACAACUGACUUUCUGUAUUUAUGAUAGAUAUGACCAUUUUUGGUGUUGAGUAGAUUGUUGCAUUGGAAAUGAACUGAGCAGUAUGGUAGAUUUAAAAGAAAAAACCCUUUUGUGUACAUUUAGCUUUUGUAUGGUCCAGCUGACGGCUUCUCAUUUGAUGUUGUCUUGUUCAUUCCUAGCCAGGUAGAUUGCAAUCCAUUGACUCACCUAAGCUUUUCUCCUCUUUGUACCUUUACUGUCCGUUCCCCCAUCCUGUAAUCUUCCACUUAUGGUCGCUACCUUCAUUUCUUAGAGGGUGGUUGCAUAAUUAUUUUAUAAAAACUAAAGAAAGAAGUUCAAAGGGUUUUGGGGGGUCAGUAGGAUCCCUUGCAGAAUAUUUUUUGUUGGGGGUUUGAAACUUUUUAAGGCGUAUACAUACGAUUUACCUAUGUCUGUUACCCUUGUGCACUUAUCUCUUUCUUAAUUUCCAUUUUUCCUUUUUUUUUCUUCUUCUUCCCUUCUUUUUUUCCUCAUUUUGUAAAUGCUUCAAAGACUCUGUUCCUGAACUAUAAGCAUUUGUUUCUGUUUGUGUAAUUAGGCUGCACUCUGUUCCUUCUUUUAAGAGAAGUUUUUGUUACUUUUUUUUUUUUUCUCUAAAGAAAAUUCAUGCUUUAAAUAAAAUCCAAAGACAUACCCUUUCACCACUGGUGCAGAAUGAGCAAAAAGGAUUCUUUUUACUUGAGAAUUUGUUUCUGAUUUAAACAAACAAGUCUAAGUUUAAAUAAAGAAUAAAAAAAGUACCCAGGUUGUUAUCUGUGCUUCUUCUGCAAGCAGAGAGACAACUCUUAGCGAAACCCCAGUGCACCAAAAGGCAGGUUUCUCUUUCCAAGUUCCCUCCCGUGGCAGGCACUGGUGUCCCCGUCCCGCUCCAUGCCCCACUCGUGGAAUGCGCGGACGCGUGCAUGCGUCUCGUACGGUCCGGACUUUGAAAGGCAAACUUUGUGCUGCUAAAAUGUAGGUUUUGGAGACAAAUAGAUGCUGUUUCACUCCCGUAGCCAAAUGUCAACAGAAACAAUCUCCUUUCCCCCAUCCCACCCCUCGUUUCCUCCGAAGUGCAAGAGCCUUCUCCCCAUCAUCUUCAUCAUCCUCCUGCUUCAAAAAGGAACUUCGAAGACGUGAACGCAGGUUCUUCCCAUCGCCUCUGGCUUCUCCUCCCUGUGCUGAAGCCGCUCGUCAACCCUGCGAGAGACUGGAGCAUUCAAGAGAUGAACAUGGGGUUCAUUUUCUAGCAGGACACUUUUAUUUUCAUGGAGUUUUGGGUUUAGUUCAAUGAAUGAUUACAUCCUGAGCUGUUGUACAUAUUUCUAACUAGGCUAAUGCACAGUGCAAAUUCCUUUUUUAAUUGUUUUUUUAAGUAGACAGUACUAAAGAGAGUACCAUCUAAUAUUCCUGCCAGAACCCAAUUGUAGCAUAAGGUGUCAAAAAUGGAAACAAGUACACAAAAAGAGUUUGCUGUUUUAACAAACUGUUUUCUUUUAACAAAAGUUCUUGUAUUUCUCCCUGUGUUUGAGAUGAACAUUUUUUAAAUUCUAAAGUUGUACAGUUUUUGUUUUCCAUUAUUUUAUCUUGUUUGUAAUUCUAUGAAAUCUAUAUAUAUAUAUAUUUUUUGCCAUUUAACUGUUGUAUGUUACUCUAUCUGUAUCAUAUAGAAAUUUUUUGUUUGUUUUGUUUUUGAUUCUGUGUGAUACAAGUUAACAAUUUAACACUAGCUUUAUCUGUCCAAUCCCACAGGGUCUCUUUUGGAAAUCCUUUUGUUUUGUCUCAUUAUGUUUCUUUUUUUUUUUUAAUUAUAUUGCUUGGUCAUAGUGCAAUUUCUCUCUCUUUCUUCUUCCCCCUCCUCCUUCCCACCACUAAAAGGUUUUAUAAAUUGAUUUCCUCGUAUUUUUUCUAACUGUUUCUAGAGACACUCGGUGCGAGGUAGCCUCCUCCUCAUGCAGUGCUAGGACCCAUCCCCCAGCCCUGCUGGCCACCCUGGCCUAAGGUGGGGACCCCCGGCCCUGCUGGGACACCCCUGGCACCGUGCCCUACCACAAGCCUGGCCACCCUGCCUCGGGAGCCCCUGUGCCACCCCAGAGCCCACACGUGGCCUUUCCAACCUGUGUCAGAGCAGGGAUGGGCGCAAGGAAAAUAUUCUGAACUUGGCAUUGAACAGGUUUCUGCUUUAUUCUGAGUAAAAAGCUUUCCUAAGUGGUGAAAAUGGCCAAAGUUUCAUACAAUUGAGAAUCAAGAGUAGGGUGUGUUGGGGCUGCCCAUGCCUGAGGCAGGCGUUGACACAAGCCAGCACACACGCUGUCCGUGGAAAUAUAUUUUGCUUUAAAAAGAAAACCUAAACUUUCAAAUAGAAGCAGAAGUUGGGUUGGUUGGUUGGAUGGAUGGUUUGGUUGGUUGGUUGGUUUGUCAGCGCUUAGAUACUGCCCACUGUGAACACAAAGCUUUGACUAUUUUUUUCACUUUUAUUUGGGGGGGAGGGUGAGGUUGGGUAGAACAGAAAGCAUUAAUGUGGUAAAGAGGGAUACAAACAGCCUUUGCAAUGUACAAAAAAUAGAGCAAGUGAAACCAAAAAUGAUGUUCUUGGUGUUUUUCUAUAAUGUAGUCUUGUUAGCUUUUUUUUGUUACUGUAACAAUGCUGAUCUCAAACUGUACCAAAAUACAUGGAGAUAAACAGAAAACCACGUGGGACUUACUUUCAAAACUUUACAGGAUUUGUCACAAAAGACUUUGUUGUCAUAGUUGAGUUGACUGUAGAUGGUAAUUGAAUAUACUCCUUUGGAAAUAUUUCAUCA